AUGGCGCCGCCAAAUGCAGCAGCCACAGACCCGCCCGCUGCCCACAGCUCCAAUGUCGUGGCGAGCCCGAUGGACCUCCUGCCGCCGCCGGUCCUGGCCGCGCUAGCCAACCACCUGCCGGCGCCGGACUUGAUUCGCCUUAGCAUCUCGUCCGCGUCCAUAGCCGCAGCGCUGGCCAGCGUGCCGCGGGUGUACGAGGCUGCGGCAGCCUGUACGCUGGGCUGGCCCAGGCGUCGCAGUGGGCGUCCAUACGUGCAACAGGGCGGCGAGGGGAGCGGCAGCAUCGAAGAAUCCUCCGUCAAACAGCAGCAGCCUGUUGCUGGCUCACUUGCAGCUGCCAACCCUGGUCACAACAGCAGCGCCACAUCCCAGGGGGCCGAUGCGGGUGACGAGGCAGCCUACAGAGACCUGUUAUCAGCAGCGUGCGCGCUCUCGGCCGCUGCCGCGCCGCACUGCCUCAAGCCGCAUCCACAGGCGCCGUCGACCGGCGCCGUCCGCAGCGUCGGGCGGGCGCCGGGGUUUGUGCAGCGGGACCCACUCGCGCUGUCGCCGCCGCUGGUGCUGUCAGAUCAGCAGCAAUCAUGGCUGACCCUCGGCGCCAUGGGCGUCCACUGCCUCAAUUCCAGCGUCUCUUUCCGCACGCGCGCCUCCUGCCGCUGCGCGGUCGCGGUUGAGGUCGGCGGCCGCGUGGCGGCCGAGCUGUACCUGCAGGCACACCACCAGCAGCUGCCGCGGCGCCUGCAGCCCGGCUGGGGAGCGCUGCUGUCCGCGCGGCCCCUGGAUGGGGAGCUGCCGACCGCCGAAACAUGGGGUGUAGGCGAGGGCGGCGGCGACGACGGUGGCGGCGAGGGAGAGGAGGGCGGAGUGGGUGAGGGUGGGGCCUUGUGCUGCGGUCUUUCUGGGAGAAGCCAGACAACACUGGGGUUUGAGCUGUUUCUGAGGGAUUCGGUUGCGCUGUUCGACGACGCCGCCGACAAUGACGGCGGCGUCGACGGCAGCGGCCCUGGCGGCCGCGGCCAUGCGCAGCCGCGGCGGCAGCCGGCUGCAGGCGCUGCGACCUGGCAGCAGGUCCGCGCGGCAAUCCUGUCCGCCGCUGCCCGCAACGCGGCGCGCGCGGGCGCGACGCGCCGCACGGCGGUGCUGCACCCGUGCUCGACGGGGCGGGCGCUGCUUGAAGUGGAGCGCGCACUGCAGCGGCUGGCCGGCCUGGGCUACCCGGUCCUUGACCUGCGGGCGCUCCUGGACUUCCCGGCAGGCAGCGGCAGCGGAGGCUGCAGCACGCAGCGCGCUGAUGGGGCGGGCCCAUGCGGGCCCGCGACGCUGUGGCAGCCGGGCGGCGCGGCCGACGACGAGCGGCGGCGGUGGCGGCUCGCAUGCGCCAUGGUGCGGGAGGAGGCGCUUGGGGGUGCUUGGUGCAGCAGCAGCGGCGGUGGCGGCGGCGGCGGCGGCGGUGGCGGUGGCGCAGCUCUUGGGAUGGCCCACCUGCGGGCUGUGUCACAGGCGCUGGCCACGGCGGUGCAGGCCCUGCCAAGCGCGGCGAGGGCGGUGCGGGUGCUGGUCAUCCCCGUUGUGGUUCCGCCAGGCGGCAGGGUCGGGCGGAUGCGGCCGGGCCGGGCCGCUCACAAGGCGGUCGCAGCGCCCGAGCUGCUGUCGCUGAUGGCGCCGGUGCUCGGCCCCCUCCGCGUCGUGAUGGAGCAGCUGCCGCGCCUGCAGCAGGUGCUGCUGGUGUGCCCAGGGCCCGAGGAGGGGGGCAGCGGGGCUGCGUUUGCGUUUGGCGUCGCCCAGGCGCUCGCGGUGUCGUGCCUUGACCGCUGA